CCCAGGCGGCGGCGGCUUCGGCGUGUCCCGCCCCCUCGCCGUGUGGCGCGUCCUGACGCCUUUCCACGUCGCAGUCGAGUCCUCAGGCGAGCGAGUUGCGUAUGUCUGCGUGUCUCCGGCUAGGCUCGUCGAGGGAGUGAUGGCGGCGCCCGUCCUGAGAGUGUCCACCCCGCGCUGGGAGAGAAUAGCCCGGCUCCUAGUCUGCCUGCUGGGCAUCCUAUUGUCCCUUUAUGCGUUCCACAUCGAAAGGGAAAAGGCCCGGGAUCCGACUUAUCAGGCGAUGUGCGACGUCAGCAGCUCCAUCAGCUGCUCCAGAGUGUUCAGCUCAAGGUGGGGUCAAGGAUUUGGACUCUUGGGCUCCAUUUUUGGAAAUGACAGUGCACUGAACCAACCCAACAGUGUCUAUGGAAUUGUUUUUUAUGCUUUCCAACUCCUUCUAGGAAUGACCGUUAGUGCGGUGGCUGCCGUCAUUCUGAUGACCACAUCCAUUUUGUCGGUGAUGGGCUCGCUCUACUUGGGCUACAUUCUCUAUUUUGUCCUGAAGGACUUGUGCAUCAUCUGCAUCACCACGUAUGCGCUGAACUUCAUUCUCUUCACCCUCAACUACAAGCGACUGGUAUACUUGAACGACCAAUGGAAGCAGCUCCAACCCAAGCAGGACUAAAGCUGUGUGAGCACAGCAACAAAACAAAAAAAGUGACACAAACAAACAAGAAAUGUGACUGACUGAACAUUUGACUUGCCACCAGGAGACCUUGCUUCCUAAUGUUUAUUCUGCUGUGUUCACAAAAAAAAAUGAAGACAUCUAACCUACAUGUUGGGCCUGACACUUCUCGAAAAGGAUUCAGAAGCAACUUUAUUUUCAAGUGGUUUUAAAUUGUUUAAACUUUCUCGUCACACAAGAACAAGGCAAGCAAGUCCGGAGGGCGGUUCUCCGCUUCUCAAACAAGAAGGAUCUCUUAUGAGACAAGCGCGGCAGAUGCACUCAAAAAUGGUGGAUUCCAAAAUCAGCGCUUGCAGAUAAGUCUUGAAAUGUCAAGUUUGGAGGGCACAAAACAAAAAUGCUGAAUUGUUUUGUUUUGUCCCUUCGUGUUUACACUUUUUAGUAAGCUUUUUCUUUUAAGGACCACUCAAAGUGUGUGCAGAUGGGUCAGAUAGAUUGUUUUACCAAUUGUGUACAUAGCCGCUGAGCAAUAUUUCCACCAAGAUUGGUUGACAAAAA